GGGUGGAAGGUGCAAAAUGGCUGCGCCUGCGAGCUCGUGGGGCGAGUGAUGGGGCUGCUGGGGAACGACCCCCGCUCCGAUCCCGAUAGAACCAGAAAAACAUCGUUCGGUAGGGUCGGCAAUUGCUGCUUGGGAAAGAAGACAUGGAUACUCCUGCAGACACCUGGGACAAUCUCCAUGCUCACUUAACUUUCCUGUGGCUGAACCGAUUUUACCUCUAUUCAUGUGCAGCUUUUGGAAUCAGCCUUUGGUUUUGCUUCCAGUUCCUCAACAAAGCCAAAGAGCAGAACAAAAAUCGCCUUGCAGAAUUUAGAAUUCCUAAAAUCACAGCUGCUGAAAAAGAACAGCAAGAUCCAAGCCUUCAGAAAGUCCAUGUAGCUGGAGUGAAGGUAUUCUAUGGUUCCCAGACUGGAACAGCAAAGCGGUUUGCACUGGUACUUACUGAAGCUGUUGCCUCCAUUAAUUUGCCAGCAGAAAUUAUUAACAUGGAAGAUUACGAUCCGGAUGACUCUCUCAUAGAUGAGAUAAGCAGCCAGAAUAUCUGCGUGUUUUUAGUUGCCACUUACACUGAUGGCAAACCAACGGCGAAUGCAGCCUGGUUCUGCAAGUGGCUGGAAGAGACGGCCAAUGACUUCAGAGUUGGCAAAGCAUAUCUGAAGGGCUUGCGAUACGCUGUCUUCGGUUUGGGAAAUUCAGUGUAUGCUGACCACUUCAACACUGUGAGCAGGAACCUUGACAAGUGGCUGUGGAUGCUGGGUGCUCGACGCAUUCUGUCAUGUGCUCUAGGGGACAGCAAUGUGGUGAAGAGCCAGCAUGGAAGCAUUGAGGCUGAUUUUGAGGCUUGGAAGGCCAAGUUGCUCACGAGGCUUCAAGCUCUUGCCAAAGGGGACCAGAAGGCCUGUAGUGGGAGAUGCAAAAAAGGGCAAUGUAGAUCCAAAUCAAAAGGGAGCCAAGAAGCAAAAGAACAAGAGACCUCAAAACAUGGGGGGAAAGAAGUAAGUGGAGAGGACUGGUGCGUAGCAUUAUUUCUUAAUUAUACAGUUCUAUUUUUCAGACACCAUACAAAUCCUGUUGGCACAGAGUGGCGAUGGAAGAUGGACCGGCCAGAGAUGAUCUUGCAGGAGGCCAUUGAGAACCAUCAGAAUUUGAUCAAGCAGUUUAAAGGAGUCCCCGGCGUGAGAGAUGACCGCUUCAGAGAAGGGAUGGAGGCCAAGCAUUGUGCACUGUCUCUUGUUGGGGAGCCAAUCAUGUAUCCCCAGAUCAACCAGUUCCUGAAGCUGCUGCACCAUCGCAACAUUUCAAGUUUUUUGGUUACAAAUGCACAGUUUCCAGAGGAAAUUAGGUGAUAAUCCUAAAAUGUUGUACCUCUUCCUUCCCAUUUGUUGGUGCUGCAAACAGAUGGGAUAGCCAUUUUUCUGAAAUCAUAUCAGGUUUCCUGCCUGAGGAGGGGGUUGGACUAGAACAGACCUCCAAGGUCCCUUCCAACUCUGUUAUUCUGUUACUUCAGCCUACAAUUGGGAUAAUGUGCUGAGGGAUUCAUUGUGAAAAGUAGGCAGGCCAGAAGUACAGUAAUGGCUGUAGCUUGGACAAUAAUUGACUUUGAGUGAACUUGAAAUUAAAUCAAUUCAAUACAGUUGAUAUGAUUAUUUCCUUAA